UUUAGAAAUUGGAGGUUUUUCUUGGUUUAAGGAGAUCUGUUACAGACUUUUAGUUAUAAUUAUGAAAUUUCCAUAGACACCUUAUAAAGUGUUUAAAUUCUGGAUAUUUUUGGUCUAGACCUGACUCCAAACAAAAUCAAUAUAUGAAAACCUCAGACUUCCCCCCUUCCUUCCCUCCCCUCAAAAAACAACUGGGUAUAAUUUUUUCCUCUCUAAUAAGCACCCUUAAUGUUUUCUUUUAAAUAGAGAUUUUCUAAUGCAUUUUAAGCCAUUUGAUUUUCCAUGACUUUUACUAGAGCAUCUGCUGCAAAAGGGCAGGGAUUGUGGGUUUUUAUUCCUAUAUCCUCAGUGUGUAACACUCAGUACAUAUUUCCUGACUUACUGCUUAUGUAUUCUUAUGACACUCAGAUUUCUUUGCUUGCCGAAACCUAGCCCCAUGUAUUCUUUUGCCUGCAGGUCAUUUUUUUUAAUGACUUUAUUUUUCAGAGCAGUUUUAGAUUCACAGCAAAAUUGAGCAGAAGGUACAAAGAUUUCCCAUAUAUUGUGCCCUACUCAUGCAUAACCUCCCCCAUUAUCAACAUCUUCCACCAGAGUGAUACAUUUGUUACAACUGAUGUACCUACACUGACACAUUAUCACCCAAAGUCCAUGUUUACGUUAUGGUUCACUUUUGGUGUUGUGUAUUAUGAGUAUUGACAAAUGUAUAAUAAUGUGUAUCCACAAUCGUAGUAUCACACGGAAUAGUUUCACUGCCUUAAAUAUCCUCUGUCAUCUACCUAUUCAUCCCUUCCUCCUCCCUAACCUCUUUUUACCGUCUCCAUAGUUUUGCCCUUUACAGGGUGUUACAUAAUCGGAAUCAUACAGUAUGUACCCUUUUCACAUUGGUGUCUUUCGUUUAGUCAUAUGCAUUUGUUUCCUCCAUGUCUUUUCAUAGCUUGAUAGCUCAGUUCUUUUUAGCACUGAGUAUUCCAUUCUCUGGAUGUGUAAGUUUAUUUAUCUACUCACCUACCAAGGGACAUCUUGGUUGCUGUCACGUUUGGGCAAUUAUGAAUAAAGCUGCUGUAAACAUCUGUGUGCAGGUUUUUGUGUGGACAUAAGGUUUCAGCUCCUUUGAAUGAUAGCUGGAUCUUAUGGUAAGAAUAUGUUUAGUUUGUAUUUGUAAUCAGCUGCCAUGCUGCCUUCCAAGAGGCUGUACCAUUUUGCGUUCCACCAGCAGUGCAUGAGAAUUCCUGUUGCUCCACAUGGCCACCAGCAUGUUGUCAGUGUUCUGGGAUUUGCCAUUCUAAUAGGUGUGUGGUGGUAUCUUAUUUUUGUUUUAAUUUGCAUUUCCCUGAUGACUAAUGAUGUGGAGCAUCUUUUCAUAUGCUCCUUUGCCAUCUGUAAAUCUGAUGAGAUGAGAUGUCUGUUAAGGUCUUUAGCCCAUUUUUUAAUUAGCAUGUUUGUUUUCUUGCUGAGUUUUAAGAGUUCUUUGUGUAUUUUGGGUAACAGUCUUUAUCAGAUAUGUCUUUUGCAAAUAUUUUCUCCCAGUCAGUGGUUUGUUUUUUCAUACUUUUGACACUGUCUUUUCCUACAUGUCAUUUUCCACUUUUGUGUACCAAGGUACUUCAAAUUUAUGUGUCCAAAACUAAAACCUUUGUUUCCAACCAUCCAAGGUUCUCAUCUCCUGUAUCCAGUUAGUUAGUCAUCAAGCCCUGAUUUUUCUGUUUAUGUCAGAUCUGGCUUUGCUUCUCUCUCUCCCUCAUUUUCACAUGUCCUUCUCUUCUACUUUCUAAGUGUCUGUCUGCUUUUGGUCUCUUCCUCCUCCUUUCAGUUAUUCCUCCUUUAAUUUAAAGGGGCUUUCUAACAUAGGUGACUUACAAGGCCUUCCGUUUAAAGUCCCAAGUUCCUUGACAUGGUUAGUUAGUACACAGCCCCUUCUGGAGCUGGCUCUUGUUACUUUCCUGCCAUUUUCAGCUAUGUACUUGCAAGUUCCUAUAUGCACGGUAUUUUCUCUUUUCCAGCAAAGCUCUACAAUUUCACCUGAGACAUCACUUAGCUGAGGCGCUCUUCCUGGACCCCCCCCCCCCACCUUGAAUUGGAUGUCAUCUCCCUGUGUUCCCAUAACACUUUCUGCUUGGCCCCAAGCUAUUCACCAGACUAAUUUUUCUCUACUACUUUGCCUCCCCAGAUAGACUGCAAUCUGUAUGAGGACUUUGCCUUGAUCACCCUUGUCUAGAGUUUAGCACUGUUUCUGGCAUGUAGUUGGUGCUCAAAAUGAGCCGUCAGACUGCAACAGCAUUACCUACUGGAACCUCAAAGUGUACACCGUCCCAGAGGGUGCCUGCCCUGACUGGCACGACCGCAUCCAACAAUGACUUGGCGAGUCUUUUUGAGUGUCCGGUCUGCUUUGACUAUGUCUUACCACCCAUUCUUCAGUGUCAGAGUGGCCAUCUUGUUUGUAGCAACUGUCGCCCAAAGCUCACAUGUUGUCCAACUUGCCGGGGCCCGUUGGGAUCCAUUCGCAACUUGGCUAUGGAGAAAGUGGCCAAUUCAGUACUUUUCCCUUGUAAAUACGCCUCUUCUGGAUGUGAAAUAACUCUGCCACACACAGAAAAAGCAGACCACGAAGAGCUCUGUGAGUUUAGGCCUUAUUCCUGUCCGUGCCCUGGUGCUUCCUGUAAAUGGCAAGGCUCUUUGGAUGCUGUAAUGCCACAUCUGAUGCAUCAGCAUAAGUCCAUUACAACCCUGCAGGGAGAGGAUAUAGUUUUCCUUGCUACAGACAUUAACCUUCCUGGUGCUGUUGACUGGGUGAUGAUGCAGUCCUGUUUUGGCUUUCACUUCAUGUUAGUCUUGGAGAAACAGGAAAAAUACGAUGGUCACCAGCAAUUCUUUGCAAUUGUACAGCUGAUAGGAACACGCAAGCAAGCUGAAAAUUUUGCUUAUCGACUUGAGCUAAAUGGUCAUAGGCGGCGAUUGACUUGGGAAGCCACUCCUCGAUCUAUUCAUGAGGGAAUUGCAACAGCCAUUAUGAAUAGUGACUGCUUAGUCUUUGACACCAGCAUUGCACAGCUUUUUGCAGAAAAUGGCAAUUUAGGCAUCAAUGUAACUAUUUCCAUGUGUUGAAAUGGCAAUCAAACAAUUUCUGGCCAGUGUUUAAAACCGUUGCAUUCAAUUUCACAGAGAAUAAGGCACCCAUCUGUCUGCCAACCUGAAACUUUUGGUAGGUGGAAGCUAGACACAUGAAGGUAAAUAAAAGGAAAGGCUGUUAAAUACAGGAAACAGUUGCAUGUAGUAACACUAAUAUAUUUAAAAAUAAGUCAACAGUAAACCACUGAAAAAAAAUAUAUAUAUACACCCAAGAUGGGCAUCUUUUGUAUUAAGAAAGAAAGCAUUGUAAAAUAAUUCUGAAUUUGUGUUUGUUGUAGAUUGAGUGUACUGUUGAAAAAUACUGGGUUUUUGUUUUUUGUUCUGUUUUUUGCGUGCGUGCGUGCGUGCGUGUAUGUGUGCGUGAGUGUGUCUGUGUGUUGGUUUUUUGUUUUUUUUUCUUUAACUGACAAGCCAUGUUGAGUGGUCUUGGACCACUGCUUUUCCCCUAUGUGAGUCAAUACAUAGUGCUGCUGUGUGUGUAUAUUUUUUUUGUGUGUGUACUUGCUAAUUUUUAUUAAUUCUAGUUUUUCAUUAAAUAAAUUUGACUUUCUUUUCUGUAAUUCAGGUUUUUCCUCACUUUUUUUUGUACCUUUUUAAAGUUAGUGUCUUUUUGAUAUGCAUAAUUGUUUAUGGUAAAUUUAUAUAUAUGUUCGAUACAUAUUUUCUUUUCCCCCAUUAAUCAGUUCAUUAGAAAUAUUUUAAAUUUGACUAUUUUGUGAAGAUAAGAGUUCCAGAAAGGAAGGAUAACAUUGGAAGAAUUAUCAGAAGCUAUUUAAAGCAGCUAUAAGAUGGUCUGUCUCUCUCUCUCUCUCUCUCUCUCUCUUUCUCUCUCUUUCUCUCUCUCUCUCCUCUCCAGUUGAGUCAUACCUUCAGAUUUAUUCUUUGAAAGGUUUUAGGGCAUACUGAUUUUUUUUAAACACUGGAAAAAAAAAUCAGGCUCUACCCCCUCCCCCCAAGUAUCUUGGACAAAUCACAUAUGUUUAAAAUUUGUUCUUGUAUUUAUUGGUUUUGCAAAAGAAGGCAUCGUCUUACACAGUAUUUGUAAUUAAAAGCAAAUCAUUUGUUUAAAAAAAGGCAGUUUGCAAAAAAAAAUGUUUUUGGUCUUUUAUAAUUCUCAUUAAAAGAAUAUCUGGCAAAUUAAAAACUCUUAUGUGUCUGCUUUAGCUCUGAGUUUGAUUAAAAUCCUGUUAUUUUCCUGUUCAAUUCUGUACUUUAUAGCCAAAAGCAAUGUACCAUAUUUUGAAGUUUGGUAGGUAAGAGAUCUGUUCUUAAAGUAUAGCAGAAGAAUGGGUAGAUGGCCUCUGGAGUGCACAGUCUUGUUUUUUUCCUUCCUCUUGCUUACAGUUUG